GUAGUCUGAGUGAUCUGGUGUUUAAAGGUUAGUAGUGUGAGUGAUCUGGUGUUAUUUGUGUUAGUAGUGUGAGUGAUCUGGUGUUUAAAGGUUAGUAGUGUGAGUGAUCUGGUGUUAUUUGUGUUAGUAGUGUGAGUGAUCUGGUGUUUAAAGGUUAGUAGUGUGAGUGAUCUGGUGUUAUUUGUGUUAGUAGUGUGAGUGAUCUGGUGUUUAAAGGUUAGUAGUGUGAGUGAUCUGGUGUUUAAAGGUUAGUAGUGUGAGUGAUCUGGUGUUAUUUGUGUUAGUAGUGUGAGUGAUCUGGUGUUUAAAGGUUAGUAGUCUGAGUGAUCUGGUGUUAUUUGUGUUAGUAGUGUGAGUGAUCUGGUGUUUAAAGGUUAGUAGUCUGAGUGAUCUGGUGUUAUUUGUGUUGGUAGUGUGAGUGUUCUGGUGUUAUUUGUGUUAGUAGUGUGAGUGAUCUGGUGUUAUUUGUGUUGGUAGUCUGAGUGUCAGCUGGUGGAAUAAAGAGAUGAUGGCGGAUGAGGGCAGAGGAAGAGGAGAUGAAGAGGAGCGCGGUCCCGGAGCAGCUCACCACGUGUUCGUAGUGAUGGAGGGUUUGCUGGAGAAGUUGAAGGUGCUGAACUAUGAGGAGGAAGUUCUGACUAAACACAACAUGAAAAAUUUGUCCAGACAUUACUUUGUCUCAAGUCCAUAUCUGGCGCUCAACCCGGGCGAGCAGUUCUACAUGUUCACCAUCAUCGCGGCGUGGCUCAUCAACGAGGCGGGGAGGCCGUUUACCGAGCCUCAGGAGUACGACGAACCCAACGCCACCGUGUCCAACAUCCUGGCGGAGCUCAGGGCAUUUGGUGUUAAGGUGGACUUCCCGCCCUCCAAACUGAAGUCCGGUUCAGGCGAAUACGUCUGCUUGGUGUUGGACCGACUGGCUGAAGAGGCUCUGAGGAGGAGGGGGUUCUCCUUCAGGAGACCAAACUACCCGACAGAAACCCCAGAAGAAGAGUCUGUGAUGGAGGACGACGCAGAGCUCACACUCAGCAAAGUAGAGGAGGAGAUGAUGGAGGAGCCUGAUGAUGAGGAGGAGAACGUCAUGGACCUGGAGGCCCUGAAGUUACGAACCACUCACACGGAAGCAGAACCGUCCUCCAAACCGGACGAGAUUCUGGAGUCGUCGGUUGAUGCAGCAGAGUGGAACCUGGAGGUGGAGAGAGUCCUGCCGCAGCUCAAGGUCACCAUCAGGACGGACAACAAGGACUGGAGGAUCCACGUGGACCAGAUGCAUCAACACAGAGACGGGAUCAAGUCCUCGCUCCAAGAGGCCAAGAGCUACCUGGACAAACUGCAGGAGGACAUCGGUAAGACUCUGGAGAAGGUGAGCAGCAGAGAGAAAUACAUCAACAACCAGCUGGAGCAUCUGAUCCAGGAGUACCGCAGCGCUCAGGCCAAACUCAGCCAGGCAAAGGAGCGCUACCAGCAGGCCAGUGGAGGAGUCACUGAGAGGACCAGAGUCCUGGCUGAGAUCAGUGAGGAGUUGGAGAAGGUGAAGCAGGAGAUGGAGGAGAAAGGCAGCAGCAUGUCUGAUGGAGCUCCGCUGGUGAAGAUCAAGCAGGGUUUGACCAAGUUGAAGCAGGAGAACCUUCAGAUGGACGUGAGGAUCGGCGUCGUGGAGCACACGCUGCUGCAGGCCAAACUCAAAGAGAAGUCCAACAUGACACGCGACAUGCACGCCACCAACAUCCCCGAGCCCGCCGCCGGGCCCUUCGCUUAGUUUACCUCCACGCCGGGCCCUUCCCUUAGAUUACCUCCACGCCGGGCCCUUCCCUUAGUUCACCUCCACACCGGGCCCUUCUCUUAGUUCACCUCCACACCGGGCCCUUCUCUUAGUUCACUUCCACGCCGGGCCUUUCGCUUAGUUUACCUCCACGCCGGGCCCUUCUCUUAGUUCUCCUCCACGUCGGGCCCUUCUUAGUUCUCCUCCACGCCGGGCCUUUCUCUUAGUUUACCUCCACGCUGGGCCCUUCUCUUAGUUUACCUCCACGCUGGGCCUUUCUCUUAGUUCACCUCCACGCCGGGCCCUUCUCUUAGUUCACCUCCACGCUGGGCCCUUCUCUUAGCUCUCCUCCACGCUGGGCCCUUCUCUUAGUUCACCUCCACGCUGGGCCCUUCUCUUAGUUCUCCUCCACGCUGGGCCCUUCUCUUAGUUCUCCUCCAAGCCGGGCCCUUCUCUUAGUUUACCUCCACGCUGAGCCCUUCUCUUAGUUCACCUCCACGCUGGGCCCUUCUCUUAGUACGAAUCCAAGCCGGGACCUUCUCUUAGUUUACCUCCAUGCCUGAACUGAAAGUGUUGAAUCUCAUUACGUUGGAUCCUUAAAACUUUCUCGAGCUUCAUUUGAAAAGAGAGAAAAUGAACUUUCUUUAUACUUCAGAAACAUUUUGCAGCAUUAAGUCAUAAAAACUCAUGGAGUUGAACAGUUAUUCCGUUUGGCUUUUGUCCUGAAUGUCACUUAUUUAUUUAUUAUCUUCAUCAUUUUUUAAUAGUAUUUUGAUGUUUUUUUGUUUGUAUGUACAUAAAAUAAAUUUUAAUGCAGAUGAUAAUUUGUGUCUUCAGAAGGUGUUAAAGUGAAAUAUCUUAUUUAAAUGUUUAUUUGUUUUGUUUUGUCCACUAGAUGUCGCCAGCAGACACAUUAUCUGUUCCUGAACAUGUAUAAUAUUUAUAUUUGACUUCUAUUUAUGGAACCCAGCAGCCGGGCUAAAAGUUUAAUAUAUAAAUAAGUAAAUAGUUAUAAUAGUAUGAAUAUUUAUAAUAUUGUUAUUGUUCAACACAGUAAAUUUCGGUAGACAUUAAAUAUAUGACAAAA